GUGAAAACAAAACGAGUUGCUGUCGACAAAAGAUGACAAAAGUGAUGCCUGAUUGCCUAACUCUGAGGGAUGAGAUAAUCUUCAAUUUAUGAAAUGGAUCCAUUCAGGAGAACUUUCCUCCGUGAUGAUGAAGAUGCAGUGGACUAUUGUGAGAGUGAAGAAGAAGGGAGUGACGAGGACGACAUUAAUGAGAUAGAGGAAGCACUCCUACAGAGUAUCCACUAUGCUGAAGACUACCAGGAAGACUCAUCCCCAGGGGAGGAAGAUGAGACCAAGUCACCCCGGCAACUAAUGUCAAACGAAUCCUUUCCACACAUCAAAUUCACGAGUGUCAAGAGAGAUAAAGUUGAAUUAGAGAAUACUUUCCAGAUCCAAGUUCCUAUCAAAGGUGAUGUUGAAAAUUUGGACAAAAUAGGAGUGCAAAGUGAAGGGUUGGAUGUCACUGUUAGGUUGGAGGUAAAUAAGUCUUCAGAGAAGGACAGGAGCGCAAAAACUGAAUUGAAAAUUACGAAGAAACUUUCCACGGCUCCUACUCGAGUAACUGAGGAGAACUAUGUGAGUGCAAUUAGUAUUGACUCGGAUUCAGAUCAAGAUUCCAAAUAUAAAUCUAUUCCUAAAUCCAGUUUGAAAUCUAAGAUCUCAUGUGAUGCAGAAAACAGUGUUGUCGAAAUUAGUUCGGAUAAUGAAGAAGGUAGAUUGCCGAGACUAUCCUCAACUCAGAUUAAAGAAGAAGUUGAAGUUAUAUCAAUAUCAAGCAGUGAUAGUGAUGUUGAAUCUGUUUCGAGCGAAGAAUUAGACGAUGUACAAAAGGAAGCAAUUGCUAAUGAUGAGCCGCAGCCAUCAUCAAUAAGACGAAAGUGGAGCAAGCCAGCAGCGGUUUCAGGUGAUGGUAGGGCCUUGACUACCUUGAGUCAGGACGUGCCGGCCAAGAAAGUGAAACUAAAACGUAGCGAUGUCGCAGAGCUGAGACAGAUUUUGGAUGUCAUCAAGGAGUUGAACAGCGAUGACGACCUGUCUAGUGAAGGUGCCAUGGUGAUUGAAUCUGUCAGUGAAGAUGAGGCAUUAGAUGUUCACUUUAUUAAUUUAGGGAUAGGUCGAUACUACCAGAAUGAGGGAAACCCUUUUUGCUACAAAUGUAAGCAGUCUGGACACAAAACACAUGACUGUACCAACCGGAACAAAACAAGGUUCAUGACAUGCAUCCUGUGUGGUACCAAGGGUCAUAAUGAUCGUCAGUGCUCUGAAAGACAAUGUUUUGCCUGUCAGGAGGUUGGGCACCAGAUAAAAGAUUGCACCAAUAAGAAGUAUCGAUAUAUUACGUGUAAUCGGUGCUCAAUGACAGGCCACAAAGCGAAGUAUUGCCCUGAUCGCUGGAGACAGUAUCACAUGACGACAGAGCCAGGGAAUAUCAUUCAGUACAACGGCACCAUAGAAGACCAAAGUGUAUCGGUGAAUGGAAAAGUGUACUGCUACAACUGCAGCUUAGAGGGGCACUUUGGCCAUGAAUGUAUGGAAGAGCCCAUGGACAGAUAUGCUCCGUUGAUACUUCCGUACGUGGUCAAGUAUGAUUACAUUCCUAAGAGGUUCUGGAAUGUACAGAUGGAACGCGGUCCACACCUAGCAGACUGCAUGUCAACGGGCAGCCCACAAAACGAAGAAGACUCCAUGUCAACGGUCGACCCACAAAAUGAAGACUCCAUGUCGACGGUCAACCCACAAUAUAAAGACUACAUGUCGACGGUCAACCCACAAUAUGGAGACUCCAUGUCGACAGUCAACCCACAAUAUGAAGACUCCAUGUCGACAGUGAACCCACACCUUGACGACGAAGCAGACUUUAGACAUGUUAGACUUCACCAAAGUGGAAGCAGGCAAGGCAAGAAAGCAAGACACAAACGAAAACAAACAGAUGGAGAGCUACAAAGCAUUAAACCAAAGAAGAAGAAGAAGAGGCUUAAGACAAACGAAGAAAAGGAACAGGACAAAAAACUCACAAAGCUCAUGAAGCAAGAGAGAAGGCGAAUUAAGAAGCAACAGCAUCAAGAGUCCUUGGAAAACGAACCAACAUUUGAAGAGUAUGAAAAAGCAAACUCUUACAUCAUAAAAGGGGGACAUGUGUUAAGGAAGAGAGACAAAUUAGCAAGGCAACAGUAUGUGGUUGAGGAGCAACCCGUAAUCGUGCCUGCAAAGAAAAAGAAGAAGAUGGAGAAAAAAAACGAAAACAAAAAGAGAAAAAAACUGAAGAGAAAACAAGAGAAUGCAAAUUUUCAGGAACUAAAGCGCCAGUAUGAGGAGCAGAAGCAGCAAGACAUACAGCAGCAAGUGACAUUUCGUCCAUCCCAAGAACUGUUUGAAAUGGAACUCUUUGGUCGGGAAGAUCAGAACUUUGACAGUCAGAAAGAUUUAGGACAAUCCGAGGGAACGCAGUCGGUUAAGGGCAAGAAAUUCAGAAUGCGUAAACGGCGCCGGCAAGUUCAAGCAGCAGGUGUGUAUGAACAGUUCAAGAGAAACCUGCCCAAAGAGGCCGCUGAGCAGGCAGCGACAUCCAAAAAACUGACCAACAGGCAGAAAAGAAAAGAGAAGAAGCAACAGAAAAUAGCUAAUGAUCAACUCUACCACAAGAAACUCCAGCAAGCUUAUCAGGAACAUGCACAAUGGAAGAGGCAGCAGAAGGCGGUGGGGCAGAGGUUUAUGUCUGAUAAGGGAUUUAGAGUAGAGCCAAAAUAUUGAACAAGAUGAGUGCCCCUGAGCUACCUGGCAACCGGUAGUCUAGUUGGUAAGGCACUGCUCUAGAAUUACAAGGGUUGUGGGUUCGAAUCCUACCCGAGUAACAUACCUG